AUGGCAUCAUCAGCAGCAGAAACUGCUGUUUCUCUACAUGCCCGAACGUCCUCGCCUGUAAGGGAGGAUUCUAAGGCCUGUUCCAAUACCACCACUACCUCUUCAAAGCAGAAACUCGUAAAUACUUCUUCCUCCUCGAGUCUAGGCCGUAGUGGUGUGAUCAUCUCUCAAGAUGAUUCUGAACGAUUGGGAAAUGAACUUUCAAGUUCUUCUUCUUCAUCGUGUUGUAUCCUUACUGAAUGUUGUUGUUGUUGUUUGAAUUCAACAAAUGCUGCCACUGCAUCCUCCUCCUCCUCCUCCUCCUCGAUGGACAAUGCCUUGCAAUUCUUAGCCUUAACUGGAAAUACUCUCUCAGAGGACUCGAAUCGUAUUUUGUGUGUUCCAAACGCUGGAGGAAACUCUGUCUUCUCUGAAGUACUCUCGUUUGAGUUGGUCAAAAUGUUGAUUGAAAGUUUAUGUACUUCCAUUCGUGUUUCACUUCACAAAACAGAAAUGGAAUUGGUGUAUAAAGAGGGAAGCAAAAUCACAGAUAUGUGUAUCGCCCUUAAUAACACUGUGACCAAUGAAACCGAAUUAAUGGGAUGUUCCGUCACUCGUUGUUUCAACUUCAUGAAUUUGGAAGAAGUUGUGAGCGAUGCCUCUAUUAAACAAUUAUUGAAGAAGAAAUUGAGUGGAAUUAUUGACUCCACGAAUGGAGUGAUUGGAGAUCAAUGGUCGAGACAAAUUUUGCAUAUUUGGACCUCCAACAUGCAAACUGCCCAGGCCGUCCAGAGAAUCUUUGGAAAUGAAAUUUCUGAUGAACUCAAAUCCAAUACCAUUGUCAUUAUUACUGUCACUUGUGCUGGAAUGGAAUGUAUUUUUAAGGAAAAAGGUGAUGAUGCCAAAAUGGUUAUGAAACUGUUGGGUUUGAAUGUUGAACAAGCUGUGGAUGAAUCAUCUGUUGAUUCAGGUGAAGUUGAUGAUGAUGAUAUCGACAAUUUUGACGUAUUUUUGGGUUCCAUCACUAUGUAA